AUGAAGGAUAAUCAGGAGGUUAUUGAAGAUUUCAAUGAGCUCGUCAACAUGACGGCGUCGGAGCUAGAGGCAUGGCUCAAGUCUAAAGACUCUGGCGAAGCUGGCUGGUCCAAGGACGACGAGAGUGGUGAAACCGUCGGCCACGAAAGCGGUCGCAAAAUCACGGAAAUUUUGAAAUCCAAUCCAAACAAAGAUCCCAAAAAGUACAACGACGACCAGAUUAGCCACAUGAGAAAAGUGGUGGCUUACUGCAAGCGUCACUUGGCUCAAGAAGAGCAAAGUCUGAAGAACAAGUCGGAGAGCGAGGCGAAAAAGACGAAAUCGUACAUUUCGCUCAAGAACUGGGGCCACGACCCCCUGAAGAAGGGCGACGACAACAAGAAAUCAAACAAGGAAAGCAAGGGCGACGACAAGGAGGAGCCAGAAACCAAAGAGGAGGAGGAGGAGGAGACUGAGGCGGGCGACAAGCGAAAGCGAAAGGACAAGGGCGCCGCACCAGAACCCAAGAAGCAUCGAACCCGUUCCAGUUCCAAGGAUGCAAAACCGUCCUCCAAGGAGGAGGAGGAGGAGGAGGAGGCUGCCGACGAAACCGAAAGCGACGAUGAAGCGCAAGAGAGCAACAAGUCCAAGUCCAAGUCCAAGAAUGCACCGAAGCCCGGUGAGACGGUGAGCUGGAACUGGGGCAAUGGGCAGCCCAAGGGUAAGGUCUUGGACGUCAAAGAGGACAAGGCCACGAUUACUACCAAAAGAGGCAACAAGGUCUCGCGUGAUGGCGAUAGUGAGGAUCCAGCUGUCAUUCUAGACACUGGGAAGAGCAAAGCGAUCAAGUCGGCUCAUGAGCUCAAUUGA